UCGUUGGAAGCCGGAAGUGCACUGUGUGCUGCUGUGUGCUGGUUAAUAAAGUACUAUGAGAAGGCAGCGGUAUGCUGCUGGCAUGAUGGCGGCGCCCAGCACGGACUGAAAAACCGCUCACUAUAGACUGUGGUGUGGUGUCACCAUAUGUGUGCUGAAGGAGGUACGCUGCCACCAGCAACAUGGAGGAUGAUGACUCCCUGCACAGACUGGAGGGCAGUGAUCCCUCUCUCCAAGAAGGAGGAUUAGUGGUGAAGAAGAAGAGUUCCAGCAGUGAGCAGCAUGUGUUUAAGACUCCUGCUCCCCGCUCCUCUUUACUGGGCUUGGACCUGCUGGCUGCGCAGAAAAGGAAGGAGAGGGAAGAGAAAGAGCGCCAGGAAGGAGACAAAAAGGCUAAAGUUGGCUCUAGAGAUUGGGAAGAUCGAGACAAGUCUCCCGAAGGAUCCAGUGACAGGAUUAGCCGGGGAAGUCAUGGAGACAGACAUUACAGAUCAGCACGUGUGGAGACGCCAACCUAUACGGGCGGGGUGAAUGAGGAGUUCCUGGCUCGGAGUCGCCAGAGAGAGAGGGAAAGGAGGGAACACGGUGUCUAUGCUUCAUCAAAGGAUGACCGUCAACGGCGGAAGGAGCGCAGCAGUCGAGACAGGGAUGAUCGUAGCCGGCGGAGCAGCAGGUCUGAGCGAGACAGGUCCGAACGGGACGGUGAUUCUGAAAGGAGUUCAAGACGUAGUGAGCCUGACAGCCCAAGGCACAAGCCCAGAGACUCUUCAACACCCUCUCGCUCUGGAUGGGAGGAAGAUGACAGCGGGUACGGAGCUUCUCAGCGAUCCCAUUGGGAGUCGCCCUCUCCAACGCCAUCCAAUAGAGACUCUGAGCGCAGCCAUCGCAGUGAGCGAGACAGUUCGAGGAGGGAGAGGUCAGUGCGAAUCCGGUACACAGACGACACCCCUCUCCCCACUCCUUCCUACAAGUUCAAUGAGUGGGCCUCUGAGAGACGCCAUCUUGGAUCCACGCCACGCCUGUCCAUGGGAAAGGGGAAACAGGACGGUGAAGAAGAUGGGAUUCGUUUCAUGUCAGAAGAAGAGCAGUGGCAGUGGGAAGAGGAUCAGCGGCAAGCGGACAGAGACUGGUAUAUGAUGGAUGAGGGGUUCGAUGAGGCUCACAACGCCCUGAGCUCCACCUCUGAGGAGUACAUCCAGAAGCGAGAGCAGCAGCGGCAGAAACAGACCCAGAAGAGAGUUUCUGCACAGAGGCGACAGAUCAAUGAGGAUAAUGAGCGCUGGGAAACAAAUCGCAUGUUGACCAGUGGGGUGGUUCAGAGGCUGGAAGUGGAUGAGGACUUUGAGGAGGACAAUGCUGCCAAAGUGCAUCUGCUGGUUCAUAAUCUGGUGCCUCCAUUCCUGGAUGGCCGCAUUGUAUUUACUAAGCAGCCUGAGCCAGUGAUUCCAGUUCGUGACCCAACUUCCGAUAUGGCGAUAAUCUCUCGCAAAGGAAGCCAGCUGGUGCGCAAACAUCGCGAGCAGAAAGAGCGAAAGAAGGCUCAACAUAAACACUGGGAACUGGCCGGAACCAAACUCGGAGAUAUUAUGGGCAUCAAAAAGCAAGAGGAAGAGACUGAGAAACCAGCAGCCGAGGACGGCUCCGUGGAUUACAAGACAGAACAAAAGUUUGCAGAUCACAUGCGUGAGCGCAGUGAAGCGAGUAGCGAGUUUUCCAGGAAGAAGACCUUGAUGGAGCAGAGGCAGUACCUGCCCAUAUUUGCUGUCCAGCAGGAACUGCUCACCAUCAUCAGAGAUAACAGCAUAGUCAUAGUGGUGGGAGAAACUGGCAGUGGCAAGACCACCCAGCUGACCCAGUAUCUGCACGAGGAUGGGUACACUGAUUACGGUAUGAUUGCCUGCACACAGCCGCGUAGAGUGGCAGCUAUGUCUGUGGCGAAACGCGUGAGUGAAGAGAUGCAAGUGAGCCUGGGAGAAGAAGUGGGCUAUGCCAUUCGAUUUGAGGACUGCACAUCAGAGAAAACUCUAAUUAAAUAUAUGACUGAUGGGAUCCUACUGCGAGAGUCGCUGCGUGAGGCAGACCUUGACCACUACAGUGCAGUUAUUAUGGAUGAGGCUCACGAGCGCUCUUUGAACACAGACGUGUUAUUCGGACUCCUACGCGAGGUUGUCACGCGGCGGUCUGAUCUGAAACUGAUAGUCACGUCAGCCACAAUGGACUCUGAGAAAUUUGCAUCUUUCUUUGGUAACGUUCCCAUUUUCCACAUCCCUGGACGGACGUUCCCUGUAGACAUCCUGUUCAGCAAGACGCCCCAGGAAGAUUAUGUGGAGGCUGCUGUGAAACAGGCACUGCAAAUCCAUCUCUCUGGAGCUGCAGGAGACAUAUUAAUCUUCAUGCCUGGUCAGGAGGACAUUGAGGUGACAUCGGAUCAGAUUAUUGAGCGGUUGGGAGAGCUGGAGAGCGCCCCCCCUUUAGCUGUGUUACCAAUCUACUCCCAGCUGCCCUCAGACCUGCAGGCCAAAAUCUUCCAGAAGGCUCCAGAUGGGGUGAGGAAAUGCAUAGUGGCCACAAACAUUGCCGAGACCUCUCUGACUGUGGAUGGAAUAAUGUUCGUUGUGGAUUCUGGCUAUUGUAAGCUGAAGGUAUUUAAUCCACGCAUUGGUAUGGAUGCUCUACAGAUUUAUCCCAUUAGCCAAGCCAAUGCCAACCAGCGUUCCGGUAGAGCUGGCAGGACAGGCCCCGGGCAGUGCUUCAGGCUGUACACCCAGAGUGCCUACAAGAAUGAGCUGCUGUGCACUACAGUCCCUGAGAUCCAGCGUACCAACCUGUCUAAUGUGGUCCUGCUGCUGAAGUCUCUGGGUGUGCAGGACCUUCUUCUCUUCCACUUCAUGGACCCUCCUCCAGAGGACAAUAUGCUGAAUUCCAUGUACCAGCUAUGGAUUCUGGGGGCUCUCGAUAACACUGGUUCGCUGACCUCAACUGGUCGUCUCAUGGUUGAGUUCCCUCUGGAUCCAGCACUCUCUAAAAUGUUGAUUGUAUCUUGUGAUAUGGGCUGCAGCUCCGAAAUCCUUAUUGUGGUGUCCAUGUUGUCUGUGCCAGCAAUAUUCUACCGACCAAAGGGACGUGAAGAGGAGAGUGAUCAAGUCCGAGAGAAAUUUGCUGUCCCAGAGAGUGACCACUUGACAUAUUUAAACGUUUUCCUUCAGUGGAAGAACAAUAACUAUUCAAAUGCCUGGUGCAACCAGCAUUUUAUCCACGCCAAGGCCAUGCGGAAGGUUCGUGAAGUGCGGGCACAGCUGAAGGACAUAAUGGUAUCUCAGCGCAUGUCUCUGUCUUCCUGCGGAUCAGACUGGGAUGUCGUUCGGAAAUGCAUCUGCGCAGCAUACUUUCACCAAGCUGCCAGGCUAAAGGGAAUUGGUGAAUACGUGAAUGUACGGACUGGAAUGCCUUGCCAUUUGCACCCGACCAGCUCCCUGUUUGGGAUGGGAUACACCCCAGAUUAUAUCGUUUACCAUGAACUGGUGAUGACGACCAAGGAAUACAUGCAGUGUGUCACAUCGGUGGAUGGCGAGUGGUUGGCAGAACUAGGUCCUAUGUUCUACAGCAUCAAACACGCGGGCAAAUCCAGACAGGAGAACAGACGGAGGGCAAAGGAAGAGGUGUCUGCGAUGGAAGAGGAGAUGAUUCUGGCCGAGGAACAAUUGCGCUCACGGAGGGAAGAGCAGGAUAAGAAGAGCAACCACGGCAGCUCACGGUCUGUAAAGAUUUAUACCCCAGGGAGGAAAGAACAAACGGAACCGGGAACCCCUCGACGCACCCCUGCGCGGUUCGGCCUGUGAUCACAUUUGUAUAUGCCAUUCGGCGCCCACCCAACCUGUCCUGGCUGCUUGGAAAGACUUGUCUAGUAUGGAGACACUUCAGAGACUUUGCAGCUGUUGCUCUGGGAAGGGAUUCAUACUAUUUUAUUGUAAAGUGGAAUAAUGUUAUUUUUAAGCAAUAAUGUAUCUUUUGUUUUGAUUGUGUCAA